AUACGUUAUAGAAAACAACAGACAGACAGUCUGCGUCGCGCAAGUCAAAAUUUUGAUUUUCGUUUUACGUGUGGAGUGACUUUUGUGGACGUUUUUUCGUGAAUUUUGGGAGGAAUUCCACAGGAUGAAACCUGCACUAUAGUUUGAAGAGGAGAAAAUUCUAAUGUGACAAACGAGAUUCGGACAAUUUUUUGGUGCUCCUCGUAAAGUGUGUUAAAAUCGGAAUGGAUUCGUCAGAUGCGCCUCCGGAGAUGGCAGAUCCGCCUCCAGUGCCUCCACCAGAUGAGUCCUCCGCUCCGAGCGAGGCGAUGACCGCCUCCGGAGACAGUUUGCCGCCCCCGGCGGCGCCCGUCUCAAAAUUGAAGCCACCGAGCAAGAUUGCUCGUCCGACUUCAGGUCUGCAGAAGCCGAUGGCCACAGCCAAGAGUGCCCCUGCUGGUCCGCAGGCCACUCCGCACAAGGGUCAUGCCAGUUGCAUACCUGCCACGCCAGUUGCUGCCACUCCUGCAAAGCUGAUGACCGCAAGUGACGUGACCUUUGGCAGACCUGAGGACCCCACCUCGAAAAUGAGGCUCGCAGACGUGGCUGAGGGUCAUGAGGACGACUGCAUUUCGCACAAUUACGCCGACUUGAUGAUGCACGGGCGCCGCGGUAGCGAUGAUAUCUUUGGCCGCCGCAGAUCCUCCAACGGCAGCAUCGAAUCUUGGGAAAACGCAAGGCGCCUCAGCGAAGCCGGAGUAAGGAGGACUUCAGAUGCGAGUGUGGUGCUGACCGAAGACACUGACAGCUUCAUCAUCGGCAACCGCGUGUGGGUGGGUGGCACCAAACCUGGCCAGAUCGCCUUUAUCGGAGAAACGCAGUUCGCCCCCGGAGAGUGGGCCGGCGUGGUGCUCGACGACCCCUCAGGCAAAAAUGACGGUUCCGUGGGUGGAAUUCGCUACUUCCAGUGCGAGGCUAAGCGAGGAGUCUUUUCGCGCCUCACCAGGCUGACCAGAGAGCCGCUCGACGGCGCCCAAAGGGUUGACGCCACCCCUGCCUACCGCCGCACCUCGGCCAUUUCGCCCACAAGCAGCAUCCGUCGAUCGCCCACCCCCUCCCUUGAUGGCAGCAUGAUUUCCAAUGUUUCCAACGUCAACUUCCAAAUCGGCGACCGAGUCAUUGUCAAAUCGCAACAAGGAUCCAAGCUGGGACACCUGAAAUUCAUGGGCACCACGGAAUUCGCCACCGGCGAGUGGGCCGGAGUCGAACUGGACGAGCCCCUUGGCAAAAAUGACGGAGCCGUCGGAGGCAAAAGAUAUUUUGAGUGCCGUCCGAAGCACGGUCUGUUUGCCCCUCUGCACAAAAUCUCACUGUCCCCGUCGAGCAGACGUCUUUCCGCCGCCAACUGCAUGGUCCACCGAGGCUCGACCUCGUCCCAGGUGGCAGCCACAAUGCGUAGACAAAACUCGCGCGAAAGCCUCACGUCCAGCGUCGCCUCCUCCAGAGUCUCGAUGACCCCCUCGACCAGGGUAAAGCUCGGAAUCACAUCUCUGGGCACUGUAAAGAAACCAACUUCAAUGGCUCGUCCAGGAAUGACGUCUCUGAGUUCCCUCCAGGAGCAAGUCAAAGCCAAAGACAAAUAUAUUGAGCAGCUAUUAAAGGAGAGAGACUUGGAGCGCGCCGAGGUCACGAGAGCGGCAAAUCAAGCAGACGAGGCGGAGCACAAGCACAAAACGCUGCUACAGGAACUGGAAAAGCACCAAACAAAGGCUGCUAAUGAUGCCAAAGAAUUGCAACAAGCGCUGGAGAAGCUCAAAAGCGAAAAGGAGGAACUUCUUUCGCAACUGGAAGAAGCUCAAUUCAGAUUUGCUGAGGAGAGCAUCAACCGAGCUGAUAUUGAGAAAGUCAAACACGACCAGGAAGCUAGUGAAAAAAUUCAGCAGGGACGAGUGUCCCAACUUGAGCAGCAACUUGCAGAAGAGAGAGAACGGGCCGAACGUUUAGAAAAAGAUUCGAACCGGUGUUUUGAGGCAGAGGAACAACUGGCCCUUGCCAAGGAGGAACUUGACCUCCUCCGAUCUGAGCUGGCAAAAACUCAGGUCCAAGUGACAAAACUGUCCGACCAGAAGUUUUCCGAGGAGCAUGACAAGCAAAUUGAGAAGGACACGCUGCAGAUGGAACUCGACUCAUUAAAGAUGUUGCUCGAAACAAAAGAAUCGCUCUUUGCCAAACAGACGGAAGACAAAGAUACCCAAAUUGCAGAGGCGCAGAAGAAAAUCGCCGAUACAGAGACUCAAGUCAAGCAGCUCCAAAGUGAGGUGGAAGGUCUCUUGGGCCAAAUCAACCAAGCAGAUGAAAAACUGAGGUUGAAUGACGAUAGCAUAAACAAGGAAAAAAAACUGGUCGAGGAUCAAAACGCAGCACUCAAAGAAAGGGACACAAAAAUUGCAGAGCUGACUUCACAGAUUAAUGAAGAAACGGAGCUCAGCAAGAAGUUGAAAGAUAAUUUAGAAGCUGCUUUGAAAGAUGUCGAAAAGUCCAAGGGUGAAAGUGAACUAAAAGCGGGAGAAGUGGAAAAAUCUCAAACAGAAUUGAAGAGUGCCUUGCAUAAAUUAGAGGAUGCAAAUAAAACUGUAACUCAGCGUGAAAAUGAACUUGCACAAAUGAAAAAAGAACUCGAGUUGGCUCAGUUAGGCGCCCAAGACACUGGCACCCAGGUCACGUCUAUCAAAGCCCUUCUCAGUGACCGAGAAAAGGAGGUGAUUUGCUUAAAAUCGCAGCUGGAAGAAAUGAGCAAAUCUCUGAAGGAACAAGAAAAUUCUGCUAUUCAACUGAAUUCUCAAGUUACGAGUUUAUCAAAGAAUGCAGAAGAAAUCACUGCACAACUGGAAACCACAACCACCUCAUUGCAAAAGAGAAACAAAGAAUUUGAAGAGCUCACAGGCGAGUCUGAAAAAUUAAAAGCGGCACUUCUGGAGGCUAAGAAGAACUUUAAUGAGGCGACUUCGGAACUGAAAACAAGGAAUAGCGAGUUGGCCUUGUUGAAUGGGGAACUUGAAAAACAAAAGGGCGAGACCACGAAACUCCAAGCUGAACUGAAAGAUGCUCAGGAAAAACUUAAGGAGCAGGAGGAGUUAUCAGCAAAGCAAGGAAAAUCAUUGCAAGAUAUUCAAUUAGAAUUGGGUGAUGUUCAGAGGAAACUCCAAUUUGCGGAGGAUCAUGGCAACCAAUUGACCGAGCAGAAGCAAAAAUUGGAAUCGGACAUUGCCAAUUUAAUGAACAGUUCAAGCGACUCAUCUGCUCAACUGUCAAAACUUAACUCUGAUCUGCGAGAGCGUGAAAAGGAGCGGGAUGAGUUGCGCAAAAAACUAGCCCAGGCCGAGCAGGACGCAGCCAUGGUGCAGCAAAAGUUGGACCAGACAAUAACUUCAUAUGAGCAGCAGAAGGAGCACGAGUUGGCCGAGCACACUGUAAAAGUUCAAAAAUUGGAAAUGGAACUAUCAGGCAGCAAUAAAAAAUUGGAAGAAGAAGCAAACUCCGCCAAAGAAGCUAAAAACAAACUGAAUGCAGAGUUGAUGGAGCUGAACAAAAAGCUCACAGAAGUUGAAAGCUCAAAAGUUGAAUGUGUCCAGAAACUGGAAAAAGAUUUGUCAUCCGCUCAAGAGAAGAUUGGUGCCUUGAAUGCUGAGAACGAGGCUCUGAAAACUAAGAGCAAAGAGCUGAAGAAGAAUUCUGAGGAAACUGAGCAGAAGCUGAAACAAAAAAUUUUGGAAACGGAAAGACAAAUAACGAGCCUGAAGAGUGACAAAGAAAUUCUGCAGCAUGACCUGAAGGCUAAAAAUGAAGACGCUGAGAACAUGAAAAGUCAAAUAUCGCAGCUCCAGGAAAAUCUGAAAGCCAGUCAGAGUGAUUUGGGCAAAAACUUAGCAGAAGCACAAAAAUCUCUGUCAGAAGUGCAAUCGCAAAAAGCUCAAUUAGAGGAACAUAUCAAAACUUUGGAGGAGAAGACUGCACAGGGUGAGCGUGCAAGCAAAGAGUUGGCGGAAAAACUGGAAGAAGCAGAAAAGGGAAGCAAAAUUUUGGAGGGUAAAUUGGCAGCUGUAGCAGAAAAUGAUGCCUUGGCCAAGUCUGCAAAUCAGAAGUUGGAGGAGCACCUCAAAGAGUUGGAGUUGAAGAAUAAGCAGUUGUCUGACGAUUCCUCGGCUCUGAAUGAAAAGAUUGUGGCACUCAAUGUUCAGUUGCAAGAAACCGUAUCAUCGCGGCAGCAAUUUGAGCAAAACUUAAUGCAAAAAUCGGAGCAGCUUUCAGUGACAGAAACUAAUCUGAAGAGUGCACUUGAGACCAAGUCGCAGAGUUACGAGAAGCAGUUGGCCGAGCUGAAAACUGAGAAAGAAGCACUGGAAAGGAAAUCUCAAGAAACAGUCACAAAGCUCCAGAAAGAAAUUCAGGAAGCAAAGGAAACUAUCGCCCGACUUGGCUCAUCUUCUGAAAGUGCAAGUGCAGAAAAGGAAAAAUUAAUUUCCUCGCUGAAAGAGGAGAUCGGAAAUGUUUCUGCUCAAGUGGAUGCUCUGGGAAAAGAAAAAUCACAGAGGGAGAGCGAAGUCGCAGCUUUGAAACAGCAGCUCGCUGCUAGUGAGAAACUAAAAUCUGAGGUUGAAAGUCUGAACAAAACGACCGCUGAAAAAUUAUCUAAGGAGAUAGCAGACCUCAACGCCCAAAAAACUGCAGAACGAGAGCAGCUCACAAGUGACCUGGAGCAGCUGCGUGUUGAUGCAGAGGAGAAAACAAGUGGAGUUCAGCAGAAACUGAAUGAGGCUUUGGCGCAAAUUGCGAAGAAGGACAGUGAGCUAAAGCAGAAACUUGAAGAAAUUGAGAACUUAAAGAAAUCUGCAGCAGCCACUGGUCAAAAUAAUAAGCAGCUGGAGUCCUUGCAGAGAGACAAGGUUAAUCUUGACUUGAGAGUGGCGCAGCUCGAAAGCCAAAAUAAGAACUUGCAACAAACUGUUGAGGCUCAAGCAAAUAUCAACAAUAAUUUAGAUCCUGCCUCGAAGCAAGCAUUAGAAGAACGAGAAACUGCUCAAGGCCAGAUCAACUUCCUGAACUCAGUAAUUGUUGACCUGAAGGCUAAGAAUGAUAAAUUAAAGGCGCAUGUGGAGUUUCUUGAAAUGGGCAUUGACCCUGAAGACGUUGCCGAUUUACAAAGGAGAAAUGUUAAACCCAAUGCACCUGCCCCACGCUUGUAUUGUGAUAUUUGUGAAAUGUUCGACCAGCACGAAACCGAAGACUGCCCUAAGCAACAGGGAGAUGAUUCACCCCCAGCCACUCCAAGAGAAGAGAGGAAAAAGAAAGAGGUAGUCGAGCGCCCGUACUGUGACAAAUGCGAAGUGUUUGGACAUUCAACGGAGGAUUGCGACUAUGACGAGACAUACUAAAUCGCCACACUCAUGCCGUAAUAAUUUAUCAUAAUGAUAUUGUAACACAAGCAGCUAUUAUGGAGCUAUGUAUUUUUACAUUUGAAUGUUCGUCACAAAAAUAUUUAUUGGCUGUAACUGAACUGCAGACCAUCUCCGAGAACACCAAUGCUACAAAUUUACUCUAGAGUCGUAGUCCUAUGACGGAGUUAAUUUUGAAACGUUCAUAAUCUAUGAUCAAUCAUUAUCCCAGCACUGUCUUAUUUUAUUACAGCAAAAAUUCAAAUAAUGGAGAGUUUAUCGCAUUCUAGUUGUUAAUUUCAAUCACUCGUAACCAAUGAUAUUACUACUGAGAGAUGACGGGUGCCAAUGUCUUUCAUAACUACGCUGAAUAUUAAUUAUUUGCAAUAGUAACAAUGCCUAAGUGUGAUUAUAGACCCAAUGAAAUAAUGUAUGAGAUUUCUUUAAACUCAUCAAAAAAAAUGUACCAUUUAUUACCUUAAAAUAAAAAUUCACAAGUCAUGAC